GAGAGACUGACUAGACGGCCAACCUGUUAAGGUGGCCCCAGACCUUCCAGCCUCAGCCCAGUGUCCUCCUGUGCCCCUACUGCAGCAAGGGGGUCUCCAAGAAUGGGGACCCGGAGUCAGCCCAUCAGACCUGGUUUCCUCUCUGCUAGGGAGCUUCAUCCCAUAGAGCACCGGAGAGCAAUUGAGGAGGAGCUGCCUUAAAAAAGGAGGUGUGUGCCAGGUAGCUGGGUAGGUGCCUGGCUAUAUAUCUGCCCGGCUAUAUAUUUGCCCAGCAGUGGUACUCUCAGGACAGAGAUGGCACUGAUGCAGGAACUGUACAGCACGCCAGCCUCCAGGCUGGACUCCUUCGUGGCUCGGUGGCUGCAGCCUCACCGGGAGUGGAAGAAGGAGGUGCUAGAUACUGUGCGGACCGUGGAGGAGUUUCUGAGGCAGGAGCAUUUCCAGGGGAAGCAUGGGCUGGACCAGGAUGUGCAGGUGCUGAAGGUAAUCAAGGUGGGCUCCUUCGGGAAUGGCACGAUUCUCAGGAGCACCAGAGAGGUGGAGCUGGUGGUGUUUCUGAGCUGUUUCCACAGCUUCCAGGAGGCAGCCAAGCACCACCAAGAAGUUCUGAGGCUGAUACGGAAAACCAUGUGGCAAAGCCAGGACCUGCUGGCCCUCGGGCUCCAGGACCUGAGGGUGGAGCAGAGAGUCCCCAGUGCUCUCGUCCUCACCAUCCAGACCAGGGGGACUGCAGAGCCCAUCACGGUCACCAUCGUGCCUGCCUACAGAGCCCUGGGGCCUUCUCUUCCCAACUCCCAGCCACCCCCUGAGAUCUAUGUGAGCCUGAUCAAGGCCUGUGGUGGUCCUGGAAAUUUCUCCCCAUCCUUCAGCGAGCUGCAGAGAAAUUUCAUGAAACAUCGGCCAACUAAGCUGAAGAGCCUCCUGCGCCUGGUGAAGCACUGGUACCAGCAGUAUGUGAAAGCCAGGUCCCCCAGGGCCAGUCUGCCCCCUCUCUAUGCUCUCGAACUUCUAACCAUCUAUGCCUGGGAAAUGGGUACUGAAGAAGAUGAGAAUUUCAUGUUGGACGAAGGCUUCACCACUGUGAUGGACCUGCUCCAGGAGUAUAAAUUCAUCUGUAUCUACUGGACCAAGUACUACACACUCCAGAAUGCAAUCAUUGAGGAUUGUGUCAGAAAACAGCUCAAAAAAGAGAGGCCCAUCAUCCUGGAUCCUGCCGACCCCACCCACAACGUGGCAGAAGGGUACAGAUGGGACAUCGUCGCUGAGAGGGCCUGCCAGUGCCUGAAACAGGACUGUUGCUAUGACAACAGGGAGAACCCCAUCACUAGCUGGAAUGUGAAGUGGGCACGAGACAUCCAUGUGACAGUGGAGCAGAGGGGUUACCCAGAUUUCAACCUCAUGGUGAACCCUUAUGAGCCCAUAAGGAAGGUUAAAGAGAAAAUCCGGAGGACGAGGGGCUACUCUGGCCUGCAGCGUCUGUCCUUCCAGGUUCCUGGCAGUGAGAGGCAGCUUCUCAGCAGCAGAUGCUCCUUAGCCAAAUAUGGGAUCUUCUCCCACACUCACAUCUAUCUGCUGGAGACCAUUCCCCCCGAGAUCCAGGUCUUCGUGAAGAAUCCUGACGGUGGGAGCCACGCCUAUGCCAUCGACCCCAGCAGCUUCAUCGUGGGUCUGAAGCAGCAGAUUGAAGACCAGCAGGGGCUUCCUAAAAAGCAGCAGCAGCUGGAAUUCCAAGGCCAAGUCCUGCAGGACUGGUUGGGUCUGGGGAGCUACAGCAUCCAAGACAGUGACACUCUCAUCCUCUCUAAGAAGAAAGAGGGAGAGUCUCUGUUUCCAGCCAGUUAGUUUUCUCUGGGAAACUUCUCUGUACAUUUCUGCCAUCUAUUCCAGAACUCAUCCUGUCAGUCACUGUGCCCCAUUGUCUACUGGGAAGGUCGCAGGUCUCACCAGCUUUAUAAUGAGUCAUCCCAGGCCAGACGUGGUAGCUCACACCUGUAAUCCCAGAACUUUGGGAGGCCGAGGUGGGAGGUGCGCUUGAGCCAAGGAGUUCAAGACCAGCCUGGGUAUCAUAGGCAGACCCCGUCUCUACAAAAUAAAAAAUAAUUCACUGGG